AUUUUUAUAACGAUUUUUUUCGAACACUUAGCUGCCCUGUCACCAGCGUUUUCUUUUUCUGAUGCAAUUUGCAAUAAAUUGUGUAUUUACGCGGAUAUAAAUUGUUUACGGUGCAUAGACCCUUAAAUAAUCAACAUAUAAUGGAUGCGGAAGACGGGUUUGAUCCUACUUUAUUGAAAAAGAAGAAGAAGAAGAAGACUACCUUCGAUCUAGAUGCAGCGUUGGGUCUUGACGAUGGCAAGAAGGAGGAGCCCAAGGAUGACGAAGCCGACGAUACGGCAACUGCCGAAGUAGAAGAUAAUCUAGAUCUAGAAAGUUUUGGCAAAAAGAAGAAGAAAAAGAAGAAACCAUUUAACUUGGAUGAGUUGGAGAAUGCUUUACCUGGCGAAGGCGAUGACAUCGCCAAUAUAGUGGCAACCGAGGAGCCCGAAGAAGAAGAGAUUAACCUAGACAUGGACUUUUCGAUGGCGAAAAAGAAGAAAAAGAGCAAAAAGAAGGACUUGGAUGAAUUAUUCGCCGAUAAACUUGAGGAUGAAAGAAACGAAGACAAAGAAAAUUUUGAAGGCAACACUACUACCUGGGCUGGAUCCGACCGCGACUAUACAUAUGACGAAUUGCUAAAGCGUGUUUUCGAGAUCAUUCUGGACAAAAAUCCCGACAUGGCUGCGGGACGCAAGCCGAAGUUCGUGAUGCGACCGCCGCAAGUACUGCGGGUUGGCACAAAGAAAACUUCUUUUGCUAACUUCAUGGAUAUAGCCAAAACAUUGCAUCGCCUGCCAAAACAUCUGCUGGACUUUUUGCUGGCUGAGCUGGGCACAAGCGGCUCCAUGGAUGGCAACCAACAGCUUAUUAUAAAGGGCCGCUUCCAGCCCAAACAGAUUGAAAAUGUUUUACGUCGCUAUAUUAAAGAAUAUGUAACCUGUCACACCUGCCGUUCACCGGAAACCAUAUUGCAGAAGGACACACGACUAUUUUUCCUGCAAUGCGAGUCUUGCGGCUCCAGAUGUUCUGUGGCAAGCAUCAAGUCUGGCUUCCAAGCUGUCACUGGCAAGCGUGCUGCGAUUCGAGCAAAAACAACAUAAACCCACAGUCAUCGUUCUUAAGUUGAACUGGUUGCAACAAUAUUUGUAAACAGAAGGCAGGCGAAUCUGUUCAAACUAAAUUUGAUUUUUUAUCAGUAAAAAUACACAAAACUUAAAC